AUGCAGCCCACCUACGCCUAUCCGCCUCCUGCCGGCGCUGAGCCCUAUCGCGCCUCGCCAACCGGCUCCAACAUGUCGCUACCCUCGCUGAACCUUCCUCCGAUACGCGCCAUCGACGGCCAGCAGCAAGCGCCGCAACAGCAGCAUCCGGUGCAGGCUCAGGCGCAAGCGCAAGCUCAGCCGACGGCUGCCUCGCCGCUGCCUCCUCCGGUCGCGACCAUGGGCGCCUACUACCCGCCUCCACCGCAAACCAUCCCGCCGCAACACUCGAUGGCCAUGGCAGCCGCGCCAAUGGGCAUCCCGGCCAACAUGGCGGCGGCGAUGCGCUACCAGCUGCCGCCGCAGGGCCCGGAUCAGAGGAUAAUGUCGGGCGGCAGGCACAAGAAGGAGAUCAAGCGACGCACCAAAACCGGGUGCCUGACGUGUCGCAAGCGCAGAAUAAAGUGCGACGAGGCGCAUCCCACCUGCCGCAACUGCCAGAAGAGCAAACGCGAGUGUCUCGGCUACGACCCCAUCUUCAAGCAACAACCCGGUCCCGCGCAAAUCCAGCCAGCCCCCAGCGCUGCACCCCAGCCCGUCUCUGCUCCGGCACCCGUCCCUCCUCCCUCCGCCCCCGUCGCAUACUCGCACGUUCCGCAAGGCUACGCCCCUGCCGCCAGUGCCAACUACGCUCCCCCCAUAGGUCACAGCGCAAGUCCGCCUGUGCCCGCCCCCGAUCAAUCCUACGAGUUUUCUUCGGCCAUCGAUCCCGCUCUUGCCGGAGCAGAGGCAACCGCUCCCAUGUCGGUCGCGCCCGUUUCCUACGACCCCUCGCUUCGCAUUGUCAAGCAGGAGGGUGCCGAGAGCAGACCGGCCGACGGCCAGCCUCUGAAGGCGAGGCGGAUAUACAUUGACGACCUGUUCGCCGUCACCGGAGCACCCCCCAACCCGCUCCCUCCGAGCACCGGCCCCGUUACCGGCCCCAUAGUCGAGGAAAUCAAGAUGCUGUAUGCCAGGGAUUACGCGCUCGGAAUCGAUCGCUGCAUCGAGACUUCUUGGUACUCCACGAAAGGCCUCGCCCGGUUAUUAAACGACCAGCAGACCAUGGCUUUGUUUGCAUUCUUCGUUACCCAGAUUCGCCUGCCUCCUGAUUACGAAGGCAGCAAGAAGAUAACGAGCUUGGAGGCACAGCUGGUUUGGAAGCUGAUGUGCUUGGUCCGCGACCCAGCGCCCGCUGGGAUGAAUGGCGCCAGCGGCACUGCACCUGGAGGCGAAGUCGACCUGCUGCAGAAGGAAGCACAGCUUCGUUUGGACGUCUUGGAGGCACUGCUCACGUACCAGGUGCUUCCUUACAACCCCCUCAUGGAGCUUGUGUACGAACAGCACGUUCCGCCGAUGAAGCAAUUCGAAGUCGACUUCUGGCGCAACCUAGGCCAGUUCGUGGCCCUGCGCGACAUGAACGAGGAGUCGUCGCGGGAGAUUGAGGCAACGCUGGGCACAUGUCGGAACAUUCUGGGCAUGAUUGAGUCGCGAGACGUCAUCUACUCGAUGAUGGUAGCACGACACUACGGAGCGCGGUUUCCGGACCUGCCGGACAACAUGCACCAGGCGUACACGAACGAGCAAGAGGACGACCGGUCGAAGAUGUUUGUGGCGAAGAAGUUCCUGGAAGACGAGGCGUCGGGCAAGGGCAUGUCGCAGGUGAUAUUCCGCCUGGCGGGCAUGUCGAUCCGGUCGUGGACGCUGGGCUAG